AGAUUAGAACGAACCAUCAAAUCAAUACAUUCCACAAACAAUUAAUCGCCAUUCACGCGAAUGUUCUGUAGUGUGACCGUGCUCGCAUCGCACUUUCGCCUUUCAGAAUUACAAACCUGCCACUCGUUACAACAUCCACAGGGCAACUGGUCCAGUGCAAUAAUGAGGCUCAUUAUUAGUUUUGGAACUUUGUCCAUUGUUCUUUUUGUUCUUGUGAGUUCAGGAUACGCCAAAUCGAUCCCUGAUCAAGAAUUUGGCUUCAAGAAUAUUGCCUGCUACACAAAUAAUGGAGCGACGCCAAUGAUUGGGGAUGUUCCUCACACUUUUGACUGCAACAUAUAUUACAGUUGCGUAUAUGCGGCGUCAGGUCGGGUUGAACCUCUCAUCAGGGAGUGUCAGGCAGGUCAUAAUGGUACGCUUCUGUACUAUGACUUCCGGAACUGUUGGUGCGUUGAAGAGGAGCUCGCCACCUGCUUCAACCACGAAUCCGAACAAGACCAAUUAGAUCGAUUCAUUUGCGCUGAUGUAGGAGAUUCUAAAUUGAAACAUCAGAUCUAGAGGGCUCAUUAACCAAAUUUUGCUAUUUGAGAAUUUUGUGUUAUUAUUUGAUAGUGAUGAUAAUAUGCUAAAUACUUAUGAUACUGCUGGCAGUGUCGAGAUAUUAAGUCGCAUUGCCACAUUUGUUGUAAUUGAGUUUUCAAAGAAUAAAUAUCGAAAGCUUCAUGAUGAGUCUGCACGUA